GCCCUCCACCAGCGAUUCCUUACAUUUUCAAAUUCCAGAACGGUUCUUUGCAUUUGUGCGGCCCGGCCGACAAUCGUAUGCAUCGCGCCACGAACUUUGACGGUCCGGGAUUGUGCAUCAUGGACAAGAUUGAGAAGAUGCCAGCACCUACGAUGCCACGCCAUCCUUCAAAGACCUCGCAAAUGUCUUUUGAGCCUGACCCUGAAUUCAGCCGUAACACAACUGAGAGCGUGAAGGAUCAGCUUAUCACAUCUCCAUUGUUCAAUGAGAAGGAGCAUAUCACACCGACGAAGCAGAGCAAGAGCGUCGUCCACUGGAUUGAGGAGCGUUUUCAACGAUGCAAGAGCGUCAUCUUUGUGCUUAGCAAUCCUCAAGGUUGCAUGCAGAGCCCGCCGGGCGAAGCGCCUUGUUUCAAGCUGAGUGCCAACACCCGGAGCCCAGCUGGCAGCUUUUCGGCGGAUACCCCGCCCAGCUUUCUGUUGGCCUUGAUGUUUGGUGUCCUGGCAUGUGCUGAACGACUCUUCUCUCGUGCUGACUGGACCAUCGCACAUGUUCAGCCCAACGCUGAUGGACUGACUGCUCCCGGCCGUCCUGUCUACACCAUGCAGCUUGUUUUUGUCGCAUUUGCCCUCUUCGGAUGGGCAUCUGCUGACAUGUUGGCUUGGGUUGACAAGUUCGAGCGUUCAGCGCCCCAAGACCUACCAAGCCGUAACAUUCGACCCUGGCUCUCCAACGGCUUGAUCAUCGAACUCCUGCUGUACGGCGUCGUUUACAUGUCAUCCAUGCUGGGAUUGAUCGACGCGCAUACCGAACGCAAAGGCUUCUUCGUUCUGACUUUUGGUUCCAAGAUUGCCUACUGUGCAGCCUUUGUCUUCAUUCGAGCUGAUGAAUAUCACAAGACUUUGACUGACGUUCUGCGAAAAGUCAGCAUGAUUUCGAUUUUACGUGGAAGUUUCGAUAUCAUCCUGCCGUGCGUUUUGGAUGCUGCUGGCCGUUGCAAAUUGCCCCCGCAGAUGUCAGGAGAUAUGGAAAAACUGGAGAAGAUGUUGGGCUGCCGCGUGGCCGGCGCCAAUUUGAAGGAUCUUUUGGCUGGGGAAGAAGACAAGUCAGACUUUCUGCCUACGUUCGAAACGUGGUUCGCCAAGCCGAUUGUCCUCAAGGAAGCGAAGUGUCUUUGUCUACUCAAGGCAUUUGGACAUGCUCUGCUGGAUCUAUGCAAGAUGAUGUCCAAGACCAGCCAGAGCCGUCUUUCUGCGACUCUCCAUCUCUCUGUCGUGCCACGUUCAGCCGUGAGCCACGGCAAGGAACGUCAUUUGGUGGCCGCUAUUCAAUUCGCAGCAACCAUGGACGAGUCAAAGGAAGCAGACACUGGAGCAGCUGGCUUUGAGACCUUCAAGGUUCCGACACGCAGAGCUGUUCCAUACUUCGCUCAGUUCAAUGUCAUUUGGAUGUUUGGUUUGACAGCACACGUGAGAUUCAAGAUGAAGGCAGAUGACAUCCACACCUCUACAGGUGGAUCAACCAAGCCUUCGGACACUGGUUCAGCCAUUGUGGCCAAUUUGGCAGAUCUCACAAAAUUGGGAGCCUCCGAAACUCGACUGAACUGGCUGUGGAUUCUGCAGGAGGCAAGCCAAUACUGGGGACCAACCAUGGUCACCGAUGACACCAUGUCGCACUUGGGCGCUUUCGCAGCCGAGAAGACCCCGGGGCAAGUGGGUUCUGUGCCUUUCAAUGCCCGCGUUGUCGGUGUUUGGGAAGGCAAUACCAGCAAGGCCUUGGGAGGUUACCGUCAACGCAUCGAAUUCCACAAUGAUUGCAUCCAUGCAAACGUCACAGUGAUGGGCCAAACUAUGGAAGCUCGAUUCCGUAUGAACUGCUCAGUCGAGCCUUGCCAGCUUGACAUUGAAGUCCUGCCCAAGGGAACCAGCCCUCCACCAGCGAUUCCUUACAUUUUCAAAUUCCAGAACGGUUCUUUGCAUUUGUGCGGCCCGGCCGACAAUCGUAUGCAUCGCGCCACGAACUUUGACGGUCCGGGAUUGUGCAUCAUGGACAAGAUUGAGAAGAUGCCAGCACCUACGUCUUUUGAGCCUGACCCUGAAUUCAGCCGUAACACAACUGAGAGCGUGAAGGAUCAGCUUAUCACAUCUCCAUUGUUCAAUGAGAAGGUCUUCAGGGCUGUUUGUUUGGACGUCAAAGAGCAUAUCACACCGACGAAGCAGAGCAAGAGCGUCGUCCACUGGAUUGAGGAGCGUUUUCAACGAUGCAAGAGCGUCAUCUUUGUGCUUAGCAAUCCUCAAGGUUGCAUGCAGAGCCCGCCGGGCGAAGCGCCUUGUUUCAAGCUGAGUGCCAACACCCGGAGCCCAGCUGGCAGCUUUUCGGCGGAUACCCCGCCCAGCUUUCUGUUGGCCUUGAUGUUUGGUGUCCUGGCAUGUGCUGAACGACUCUUCUCACGUGCUGACUGGACCAUCGCACAUGUUCAGCCCAACGCUGAUGGACUGACUGCUCCCGGCCGUCCUGUCUACACCAUGCAGACUUUGGGUUUGGUAGCGGAGGCGCUUUGUGUGGCCUGGUGGACUAUAGACAGUCCACUCUGGGACAUCCAGAUCGGCGCUGGCAACGUGGAAAAGGUGGUCGUGCCUGACUACGACCCGGAGGACUGGGACUACGCCCAUGAUGCCUACUGGAACUAUAUGAGGCAAUCUGUCACCUGGGACUUCAUCGCCGACAAGGUCAUCAGGAGGUGGAUCCCCAAAAGGGAAGCCUGGGAAAGAUGGUGGAAAGGAAAAAGCAAGAAAGGGAAACCGAACAUCUACAAGUACGACAAGCCACCCAUGAAAGCAGCUCAACCGAACCAGAAGGCUGCGGCUAUGUUGCAGUGCUUGCGCUGCGGCCAGCCUGGAGGCGACUCAGCGAGAGCGCGGAGGGUGAUCGCCCAGGUCUGGACUUACCUGGUGAGCGGUCGGGCUUGGACUCACAGCCCUCGGCACUGGAUUUUGCCGGUCCUCCUGCGAUCCUUGAAGUCGAGAUUGAAACUGAUGAGGAGGAGCCCAACGUCGAACCACCUCAUCCUGGCACUGCGCCCAACACUCCUGGACGUGAUCCACGCGCUGUUCAAUUUGAUUUACUACCACAUCAAGAUCCACAUCAACCUGGACACCAAACACUACUUCCAGUACGACGGCAACCUGAUUCACCACUACCAAGAGCAACAUCAACUCCUCCGGAGCAAUCUCCUGGUCAUGGAUCUCAACUUGAUCCUGCAAUGGCAUCACUCUAUGAGCCUGCUGGUCCAGAUCGAUUUCGACUUCAGCGCCAACGACUUGAUCAACAAGAGGCUUCGAUCUUUGGACCCAUUCGAUGUCGUCGAGAUCAACACCAACGACCCUAUGACAAAGAUGAUCCUGGAUCUGCCGGUGGUCCAACUGAGGGCUAUGUGCAAGCCUUCGACAUCACCUGAACUCAAAGUGAACAUCUACCUGAUGGAUGGCACUGUGGUGAUGAUGGAGUUUUCAAUCUCGCUGAAGACUCAAUGGACUACAUGGACACUCGGGUGGACCCAGAGCUUGGAUGGACACUGUACAACGGUGCUUUGGAAAGCUGAUGGGAACUUCGAGAUCAUCAGCGACAAGGAGUCCGAGAGCAAGGUCAUCGACAAAGAAUGGACUGGCUGCACGAUCUUUCAGAUCACAGGCAAAGCCCGCAGAGAGAUGGGAAUGUUUGCAAACCUUCCAGCCAAGAAACUUGGACGCGAGGCCAAAACCAAGAUGGCCCGACAACAGAAGAAGGUCGACAAGGGAGGGCCUGGACACCAGUUCACCAACUACAUCCAGCCGACUUUGCGGCGCGAUCUGCCUGCAUUUGACAACAUGCUGGGAGCUGGGUCACCUACCUCAGCCACCUAUGCCAAGCUGGUGGAAGGACUUCGGGCAUUUUUCAACUUUCGAGAAUGGAAAGAUGGUGAACGCCUGGAGUACUGUGGUUCUGUUCUAGAAAAAGGUUCCUGGUGGAGGAUUGAGAUCACUCAGCGGCCUGCUGUGCAGUCUGCGCCUCACUUGCAAGCAUCAACUUCGAUCAGCUCGGGAAUGGUCAACAACGGGAAGGUCAGAGUCAGCAAGGAGCUGGUCAUGGAGCUCAAGGGUGAGUUGAACUGGGUGAGCAGUGAGCGCCAAUGGGCUGCGGCACCACCUCCAAAGAGAAUCCAAUCGAUCGACGAAGAUGUGAUAGACGAGGAAGCUAUGGACGAAGCUGGGGAAAACUAUGAGACUGUGGAUGAGAACCUGCCGACCGAGACCUAUGAGAAUGAAGAUGAGAACAUGCCAACGGAGGCCUACGCCUACAUGGUCUACACCAACGACAUGCUGGAGUAUGUUGACGUUGCCUUCUCAAAGUCCAAGGAUGUGAUAGAAAAUUCGGAGGCGAUCCUGAAUGGGAUGCGCUACUACUUCAUGGCCUAUGCCGAGAUCCAACAGAGUCGGGGCCUGGCCAUUGUGAUGAGUGGCAUGGAAGAGACCUACAACCGGGUCCGACAGCAGUAUCGGAACUUCUGGCUUGUUUUUGUCGCAUUUGCCCUCUUCGGAUGGGCAUCUGCUGACAUGUUGGCUUGGGUUGACAAGUUCGAGCGUUCAGCGCCCCAAGCCCUACCAAGCCGUAACAUUCGACCCUGGCUCUCCAACGGCUUGAUCAUCGAACUCCUGCUGUACGGCGUCGUUUACAUGUCAUCCAUGCUGGGAUUGAUCGACGCGCAUACCGAACGCAAAGGCUUCUUCGUUCUGACUUUUGGUUCCAAGAUUGCCUACUGUGCAGCCUUUGUCUUCAUUCGAGCUGAUGAAUAUCACAAGACUUUGACUGACGUUCUGCGAAAAGUCAGCAUGAUCUCGAUUUUACGUGGCAGUUUCGAUAUCAUCCUGCCGUGCGUUUUGGAUGCUGCUGGCCGUUGCAAAUUGCCCCCGCAGAUGUCAGGAGAUAUGGAAAAACUGGAGAAGAUGUUGGGCUGCCGCGUGGCCGGCGCCAAUUUGAAGGAUCUUUUGGCUGGGGAAGAAGACAAGUCAGACUUCUCUGCCUACGUUCGAAACGUGGUUCGCCAAGCCGAUUGUCCUCAAGGCAAGAUGAUGUCCAAGACCAGCCAGAGCCGUCUUUCUGCGACUCUCCAUCUCUCUGUCGUGCCGCGUUCAGCCGUGAGCCACGGCAAGGAACGUCAUUUGGUGGCCGCUAUUCAAUUCGCAGCAACCAUGGACGAAUCAAAGGAAGCAGACACUGGAGCAGCUGGCUUUGAGACCUUCAAGGUUCCGACACGCAGAGCUGUUCCAUACUUCGCUCAGUUCAAUGUCAUUUGGAUGUUUGGUUUGACAGCACACUUGAGAUUCAAGAUGAAGGCAGAUGACAUCCACACCUCUACUGGUGGAUCAACCAAGCCUUCGGACACUGGUUCAGCCAUUGUGGCCAAUUUGGCAGAUCUCACAAAAUUGGGAGCCUCCGAAACUCGGCUGGAACUGGUUGUGGCGAUUCUCCAUGCAAGCUCUGUGCACGAGAGCGAGGAGGCAAGCCAAUACUGGGGACCAACCAUGGUCACCGAUGACACCAUGUCGCACUUGGGCGCUUUCGCGGCCGAGAAGACUCCGGGGCAAGUGGGCUCUGUGCCUUUCGAUGCCCGCAUUGUCGGUGUUUGGGAAGGCAAUACCAGCAAGGCCUUGGGAGGUUACCGUCAACGCAUCGAAUUCCACAAUGACUGCAUCCAUGCAAACGUCACAGUUAUGGGACAAACUAUGGAAGCUCAAUUCCGUAUGAACUGCUCAGUCGAGCCUUGCCAGCUCGACAUUGAAGUCCUGCCCAAGGGAACCAGUUGCUACUGGGUCCAGAAUUGA